ACUGUCGACAACAUGAUCUUGGUGACCUUCUCGAUGGGCAACCUCGUCGCGUCUGGUGCCUUUGCGACUGGCAAGUGCCAACUCGGCAAGAACGUUCAGUGGGUCUCGAUCGCCGGCCCGAUGCAGGGCAGUCGUGCCAGCAACCUCCUCGAAGAAAAAUGUGGUGGCUCCGGCUGGGGCGCCCCGCUCAAGGGUGUCUUGAACCUUGUCGGUCAUUGCCCACCGACGCCGGCGUACCUGAACCUCAAGACGCAGCAAUCUGUGGAUCGUUCCUUGCGCGACCAGUUUGCCGCCGCCCAAGACGUCCGCCGCCGGGGCGUCACCAAGGUCAUGUGCGGUACCAAGUCGUCGGGUCUCGUCUCAACGGACGGUGCCGGCUUGGCGAUUGUCGGUUCGAUGGCGUUCGGUGACGACGGCACGCUUCACGACGGUGUCGUCGCCAUGGGCAGUUGCAGCGUCGGUGUCGACAACUUUUCGACCGACGCCGAGGCUGGCGUCAACUAUAAGGCGAGCAUCAACCACCUCGAUGCAUCGUUCCGUCACGGCGAUGGUUGGUGGGGCGUCGACCGCAAGCCCGUCAAGUGGUUCGAGUGCGCUUUGUAA